AUGAGAAGAGCAAGCAAGCAGGCCAGCGAGCUCAACAAUCGCCGCACGGCAGGGGCCACCAUGAUGUGGAGCACCGGCUCCGACCUCAACGAGUCCACGGCAACGACGACGGCGGCUACCUCCUCCGUGUCCUCCUCAUGCUCCCUGCAGCCGCAGACGCCCCCGCCCAGCGCCGGGUCAAGAACGACCCGGAGGCAGAGGAGGGACGCCCGGCUCGAAAGGCAUCCCCUCGAUCGGGCGGACCACGUGAAACCUGCGUCGUCACGCUCCAGCUGCGCGGACACGGCGACCACGCUGGGUACACCCGGCCAACCGACGGUCCGAUGCAAGUUCUGGCAAAGGCUCGCCGUGCGCGACCACUGCCUCGUACUCAAGCUCUACAAGAGGAUGAUGCUGGGGCGGUCAAGCUCGUCGACAUCGGUGACGAACAUGACCUGGGCGCCUGAAGCGGCGAGGAGAUGUUUAGCGUCGCUGGCAAGGCGCACGUACUUGUGGAUGCUCGCACAAGGUCCUGAACUCCCGAUCGCAUUCGCAGCAUUGGAUGUAUUAACUGCAGCAACAUUGUUGGCCGGAGGAAUUUGUCUGACGCCGCUCUGCGUUUGCCGAUUUUCCAGGGAGGAGGAGAAAUCAUGCGUGCAUCUCGAGUUACAGGGGCACACCCCAACAUCGAUUGCGGUCACGGUAUCCAAGGUGCUUGAUGACGACGACCUCCUCGUUGAGAUCCUCCUCCAUGUCGCGUUCCCCACCACGCUCGUCCGCGCCGCACUCGUCUGCAGGCGCUGGUUCCACCACGCCUCCGACCGCCGGUUCAUCCGCCGCUUCCGCAAGAUCCACCCGCCCCGCCUCCUCGGCUUCUAUGCUUUUUUCGAGCGUGCACGCUUCAUCCCGAUGCAGCCUCAAACCCCGGAGCUUGCCGUCGUCGUCCGCCACCUUGCGAGCUGCAGGUUUGCCUACUACAUCAACAUUGAGGACUGCCGCAACGGCAAUGUCUUAACCAGCGGCCGACGAGAAGGAGUAUGGACGUAUCAAGUCUACCACCUGUUGUGCCCUGAGAGAGAUAUGCCCUUCAUUCCACCACUCCCUUGUGCCGAGAUCGGAAUUUACUACAUUCUCGCUGAAAUCCUCUCCAAAGAAGAAGGCGAUGGCCUUGGUCUGUCCUAUUUUUAUUUGUUGGUGGAGCUUGCCAAGGAGGCAAAUAAGGUCAUGGUGCGCGUAUAUAUGUUGCAAGAUGGUGCCUGGUGCAUGCUUACCUUGGCCACAAGCCAGCUCCAUUAUCCGCAGCCAAGGCCAAAGCCUGUGCUCGUCCACAACAAAAUCUAUAUGGCUGCCGCCCAAAGUGACGACAUUAUUGUCCUGGAUUUGACAGACUCAAGUUUCUCCACGAUUCACCUCCCACAAGGAGUGGAGUAUGCCUCUUCAGAAAUCAUGUUGUCACAGACCAAUGAUGCUUCUGGUGUAUAUCUCAUUCAUGUCCGUCCCAAGGAGUUUCAACUUUGUGUAUGGCUCCACAAGGGAGGCAACUGGCUGCUGGUAGAUACCAUCUAUUUGCAUGAGAUGCGUGCUAUUUUGGGGAAGAAAGAUCACCCGUAUGUGCGUAUAGGGAAGGUGGGAGACGAUGCUCAGUUUGUAUUUUUAGAGGUUUCUCGAUACAUAUUCUACUUGGAUAUCAAGUGCAGGACACUGCGUAAAGUAUAUGAGGAGACAGAUGAUGAUCGAUGUUAUGGCGGCGUCCAUCCUUUUAUGAUGAUUUGGCCUCCCACAUUCCCUGCCCUCAAGGAUAAUCCUGAAAGGAACAGGAGUGCUAUAUGAAGAACAAUUAUAUCAAGAAGCUUUUGGACAGGGCCUCGUCAAGGAAUAAAUAGCAGAGAGCUGCACUGCCUUAAUAGCAGCAGGUCCAAUGUAACCUGCACUUGCACUAGAUUAAUCAGGAUGCUAUGUAACUUAAGCAAGCAGGUACCCUGCAUGAUAGACAGAUAUUAUUCUGAUCUGCUUUCGUUUUCAUGGAC